UCGUACAUCUAAGCAAGAGCGGAGCUAGGGUUUUAAGCCUCGGGCAUUUCUUCUUCUCCACAGCCCGCGCCGCCGCCGCCCCGUCUGUCGCUUCGUGUCCCUCGCCACCGGGCACCGGCGACUCCUCCUAUGCGCGGCGACCAUGGCAGAGCAGACGGAGAAGGCUUUCUUGAAGCAGCCUAAGGUGUUUCUCUGUCCUAAGAAGAUCACCAAGGGGAAGAAGCCUGGCAAGGGAGGGAACAGGUUCUGGAAGAACAUCGGCCUUGGGUUCAAGACUCCUAGGGAAGCCAUUGAAGGAACCUACAUCGAUAAGAAAUGCCCAUUCACUGGCACUGUGUCCAUCAGGGGUCGCAUCAUAGCUGGAACAUGCCAUAGUGCUAAGAUGAACAGGACCAUCAUUGUUCGCAGGAAUUAUCUUCACUUUGUCAAGAAAUAUCAGAGGUAUGAGAAGAGGCACUCCAACAUCCCUGCGCACAUUUCACCAUGCUUCCGCCUGAAGGAAGGGGAUCAUGUGAUCAUUGGCCAGUGCAGGCCGCUGUCAAAGACUGUGAGGUUCAAUGUGCUCAAAGUCAUUCCGGCAGGGUCAAUGAGUGGAGCAGGGAAGAAGGCUUUCAUUGCUGCUUAAGACCUUGAUGAGUAAAGGGGCGUGGAAAGCUGAUCAUAAUACCGCCUAGCCUUUUUGUUUCCCCUCCCACCAUGUGUACUAGGAAUUCGACUUAAAUUACUUCCAGAGUAUGAAAUCGUAAAAAUCCCGAA